GUAUCAUCAUGCGCGUCUUGGCCACCGCAGCCCUCGCCCUCGCUGCCUCUGCGCUCGCUGCGCCCGCUGCCGGGCCUGUAGCAAUCACGUUCCCCAAGGCAAACGACUACUGGGUCGAAGAGGGCACGUUUGUCGUGACCUGGACCGGGAGUGGUGACGCCACGCUCGACUUCAAGGUCUACAAUCCCUUUGGCACAGCGCAGCAGUUUCUCCUAGGCUCGGCCUCCGCAAGCGCAGGAUACGCUUCAUGGACGCCGCCGGCGAACGAGCAGCGGCUCAAGUACCCCGCCGCACAGAGGUACGAGGUUAUCAUCGCCGACCACUCGACUGGCGCAAGUGAGUGAGAUCUGCGGGAUGCUAGCCUGCAUGUGCAUGUGCAAGCUAGGCCAGAGGUAGAAGGGGCACGAGGCAGAGACGUUGUCCGGCCGAAGGUCCGAUCCGUGUAGAGUCCAAACCAACAACAACCGACACGCGAUGGAGCCUUCCCAUCGCGUCGCGUAGUGUAGCGUGGUGGAACGCGCGGCAUGGGCUAACUUCCUUUCAGCCGUAGCCACCUCGGACCCAUUCGAGAUCAAGCCAUAUUACACCAAGGCGUCGUUGCCUAGCCCACCGUCAAACGGGACGGCUCCUGCCGGUGGUGCUGCAUCGGGAACGACGCCGAGCGGUGGUGCCUCGUCGGGCGGAGGAACGGCUGCUGCGGGUGCGGCCUCCUCUGGAUCUGGCUCAUCUGGCUCAUCUUCCGCAACUGGAGCUGGAGCAGGCGCGGCAGGAGCAAGUGCAUCGGCAAAGGCUGGAACCAGCGGCGCUGGCUCCGUUAUCGCCUCAGUCACAACUGUUGUGUCUGGCUGCACCCUCGCCCUGCUAUUCAUGUAGGUUGGCCGGACAACACCCGCAAACACAUGCCGGCAGAGCUCGCGGAUGCUUUGCCUUACCUUUACACGAUCGACAACACACGUCACUCUGACGACCCUAUAGUCCAUACCAAUGCACGAUUAUGAU